AUGGAGGGAAGACGCAGCCGUCGUGAUCGCCGUGAUUACAUUUUAUCGGGUUCCAAUGAUCAAUCGUUGCUAUAUGGACAAGCUGAACAUCGGUCUGAGCAUUUAAUUACGGCUCUUGAUGAGCGGUGGCGACCAGAGACACAUACAUUUAUGUUUUCCGAAGAGGAAAUGACCAUAACCCUUCAGAAUGUAGGGCUAAUAACCGAGUUGCCUGUCAAUGGUGCAGCUGUUACUGGCCGAUCACGCCACCAUUGGCCAUCAGUUUGUGAGGCAUUGUUAGGUGUCGUUCCAACUAACAAUACCAUAAGAGGGUGUUAUCUGAAAAUGAUCUGGCUAGCUGAGGAGUUUAGUCAACUUCUAGAUGAUGCUGAUCAGGAAGUUGUAGAGCGAUUCACACAAGCAUAUAUUUUGAGGGUCAUUGGAUCCUUGUUUAGUGAUACAUCUGCUUCACGUGUGAACCUUAUGUUUUUACCUCUGCUAGCCGAUCUAGAAGAAGCAGGCAACUAUAGCUGGGGUGGGACUUGUCUGGCAUGGUUAUACAGACAGUUAUGUAAGGCGAUAAAUCCGAAAGUUAUGCAGAUGGCUGGUCCACUGUUCGUCCUUCAGUUAUGGGCAUGGGACCGUAUUAUAGCAGUUGCGCCUACACUGUCUAACCGUGUACCACAUCAUGACGCUCCACUAGACAGCAGGUGGAGUAAUACCAGAUAG